UAAAGGCUGAAAUACCAAUCGAGUCAAAGAACAACAACACAGCCGGAGUCGGGAUUUUGGAAUCUGUGCGAAUUUUUGUGCGUGCCAUGCGGUGGAUUUGCAGAAUCGCGGGGCCACGCAAACGAUGAGGGGUUGCUUGGUGCUGGCGGUGCUGCAGGGUGCGGUCCUGGUGGCCACCUUGACCUCAGGUCCGGCGGCCGAAUUUUCUCAGCACCAAGUUGUGAGGCCCGUGCUGGUGCACAACCGUGAGAAGAGACACUUGAACUCGACCAGAAUCGCUGAGGGCUCCGGCAAUGAGAAUAAUCACGUGCACGACUUGGCCGUCUCGAUCAACUUCAACGGCGAAGAUGUGGUUUUGGACCUGAAACUCAAUCGUGAACUGAUAGGAAAAUCAUACUUUGUGCGGCAGCAGGGUGAGUCAGGACCAAAGGUUCAUCGACCCUCACCGCAAGACGUGAAUCUUUGUGAGUACAACGGCAAGAUCAGAGACAAACCCGACUCUUGGGCUGCAAUAUCCACUUGUAAUGGCCUCAGUGGAGCGAUUUUUGAUGGAAAUGAAAUUCAUUACAUUGAACCGAGGAACAAGGAAGCCAGUCCAACCGAGGACCAUUUUGUUUACAGACAUUCGUCACUGGAAGUCAACCACACUUGCGGUUUUCCUGACACUCCGCAUGAGAUUCAUCAUGAUUCAAUAGUAGGAAAUAGGUUCAAAAGAAGUUUAGAAGAAGGAACAAAGGGCGUGAUCCGAGCUCCUUACAACUCGAAUAAACAGUCGAGAUAUGUGGAGCUCGUUUUUGUUGUUGACAACAAGGAAUACAAGGAAUUAGGUUCUAUUGAGGCCGUACACAACCACUGCAAGAACAUUGCUAACAUUAUUAAUUCCCUCUACUCGCCUUUGAAUAUCUUCAUUGCCCUAGUUGGAGUUGUGGUCUGGACAGACCACGACGAAAUCCAAAUCACUGCUAAUGGAGACGAGACUCUUUCAGCCUUUCUCCACUACAGGAGAGGCACCUUGGCCAAGGAACAUCCCAAUGACAAUGCGCAGUUGCUCACGCGAAUGCAGUUUGACGGAGGCGUGGUAGGCAAGGCGCUGAAAGGACCCAUUUGCACCUAUGAGUUUUCAGGUGGCAUCAGUGUUGAUCACAGUACUGCUGUGGGUCUGGUUGCAACCACAGUUGCUCAUGAAAUGGGCCACAAUUUUGGAAUGGAACACGACACCAGUGAUUGCAAAUGCCCUACUGACAGAUGCAUCAUGGCUCCUUCUUCAAACUCAAAGUUGUUCACCCACUGGAGUGACUGCAGUUUGGAGUACCUGGCGCACGCCUUUGAACAUGGCAUGGAUUACUGUUUGAGAAACAAGCCAGAAAAAUUGUUUGAGAGUCCGGUGUGUGGAAACGACUUUGUCGAGCCUGGCGAGCAGUGCGAUUGUGGUCUGCCUGAGCACUGCAAAAAUCCCUGCUGCAAUGCAUCAACCUGCAUGCUGCACCAGAAUGCCACCUGCGCCACUGGAAAAUGUUGUGAUCUGGAGACAUGCAGGCCCAAAAGGGCGGGAGUCGAGUGUCGUACAGCUGAUCAUGAAUGUGACCUUCCAGAGUACUGCACUGGAGAGUCUGAGUUUUGCCCUGACAAUUUGUACAAGAUGGAUGGAAUGCUAUGUAAUAAAGCAAAGGCAUAUUGCUACAAGGGAACGUGCAGGACGCACUCGGACCAGUGCAAACUGCUUUGGGGACCAUCAGGUGUGAACUCGGAAAGCAAGUGCUAUGAAGAUAUGAAUAUUAAAGGCUUGCAGCACGGAAACUGUGGUUUCAACAGAUUGAAUCACUCCUACAUUCGAUGCGAUAGAAAAGAUGUAAUGUGUGGGAUGCUUCACUGCAAACAUCUGAAUGAGCGGCUCGAGUUUGGCAUGGAAUCGGUUGCCAUUUUGAGUCAGACUUUCCUUAAUACAAGAGCAGGAGGAAUCAUUGCUUGCAGAAACGCAAUUGUUGAUCUCGGCUUGAACGAAGUUGAUCCUGGCCUUGCCCCUGAUGGUGCUAAGUGUGGAGAGGGAAAGAUGUGUGUGAAUCAGAAGUGUAUGGCAGUGGAAUCUCUACGAACAUCCACGUGUGAAAAUGACUGUAACGGCCGCGGGAUUUGCAACAGCCAUGGCCAAUGUCACUGUGACGUGGGUUAUGCACCUCCAGACUGUCUUUCAGCAGGUUUUGGUGGCAGUUUACAGAGUGGACCUGCGUCUGACCCUAAUGGAACAAGUGGCUUACAAAAAUUGCUCAUCUUCUUGCUGGCCGCCGGCCUCAUGGUGAUCAUCCUCUUCGUGGCCGCCUACCUGGCGCACAGUUGGCGAAACAAGCGCCCAGUCCAAGACAGCAGCGCACACACCAAGGGAGCCGACAUCAGCAAACUCAAAGAGGCCAUUUCACGACCAAUGCCCCAAACGAUGACCGACGGUGCGCAGGCUUCACUUCUGACCGCCACUGAGCAGCUCAACACCCUGAUCGCGCAACACCAGUCGCCGCCCCCGCCACCUCCAGCCUUGGUCCCCAUCCGCCCUGCUCCACCAAAGCCCCUUUCACCUCCAAUCGCUGCCCCAGAAGCACCUCUCGAACCUCCUCGCGGCUACCAGGCUGUGGCCGUUGACAGUCCGACCAACAACGGUGGCCCUCUAGAACCACCGCCCAUCAAGGUUGUCCGUGAAGGAUCAUCGACUCUCUCCAGGAUUGCAUCAAUUUUGAGGCCUGUUCCUCACGGACCGCCUCCUAAUGGGGUGCUGACCAGAAAUAAGCCCAAGAUAAACAGGGAGAACUUGAGAUCUCUCCACAUUUCGGAGCCCAUUCCACUUCAGAACAUUGAAGUGCCUGGAGUAGUGGAAACGGCAAAUAAUGCCCCUCGGCCAGUGGUUCUUCGAACUCACAGCAUGAGAGAUUCCGUUGCUCCCAAAGCUCCUCUGGCAUCUUUUGGUUCGAUGAGGGCAAAACGGCCAAACAGCCUUACCAGCUCCAGACCAACAGCACCGCCACCAAGGCCUCCACCGGUGAAAGAAACCUUACAGUAUGACGACUGCGGCCCCUCCGCCCCAGAACUGCUUCAGGGUCAAGCACCACUGGCCCACAUUGACGAAGAAACAACGCCCACCUCAGCCGACAACAUUUAUGCAGUCAUCGAAGAAAGUCCACCAAUCAUGUCCCCUAAAAAGAAAACUAAGGAGCUUCCCAGAGAGUAUACCACACCAUCAGGAGCGUACCAGUGCCCGAAACCACCAGAUAACGCCACGUCUUCAGGCAGUGUUGAGUCAGUGGGUCUCUUGUCUGAAAUCGUCAAUGAGAUGCAGGCCCGCAACAUUGAGUCCAUUUAUACCACAAGCAGUGUCAAGGAUGAUGACAAACGCUGUCCCAGUUCGCUGUCCAGCUCGACCAGUGGCACUUAUGUCAAUGCCAUGUACACAAACAUGCCGACCAACUCGUCGCCCACUCCGAGCCAGGCCUCCAGCAACCAGUACUUGCGCCCCUCCGCAGUGGUGCCUCCACCCCUGCCUGCAUCAAUGCCUGCCUCCGAGCCGCCGGCUCCGUUCUCCACCUUCAGGACGCCGCCUAGACCACCUCAAGUGCCCAAGGCCAAGAAGUUUGAGAUUUCCACUCCAGUGGGUUUGAAGUCUCCUGAGGACAAGUCACAGUCUAAAGAAGAUGCGCAAAAACCUAAGCCAAGUUUGAACGGUUUAAAGUCGUUUCCGAAAACAAGUCCUCCUAAGCCGGAACCUACAGAAAAACCCAAACCAAUUUCAACAAAGCCCGAGACAAAACCAAACGUGACGAGUCCAGUGGCAAAAGUUACCAGCCCAACCUUCAAACCGCCGCCAGCAGUUACGAGCCCAACUUCAAAACCAACUGAAAAACCACGGCCUCAGAUUUCCAAUCCAACCCUGAUAUCAAGCUCGGCUCCUGCGGUUGCGGCCAAACCGGCUGGCCCCAAAGCUCCGAGCGCAGCAGUUGUCAAGUCGGUCCUCAUGGCCGUCGAAGGGUCCAAAAUGGCGCAGCGGCCACUGCCAGAAAAGCCUGUUGUGGCCAAAGUUCCGCCACCAACGGCAGCCAGGAAAACCGUUGUUGGAUUGAAAUCGACCAAGCCGGACUUGCUGGCCAGCUGCGACCGGCCACCAAACGGGCCAGAAAAACAAAAACAACCUCCACCGCCUCCGAGUCGGACAACGCCAAACAGCGUUGCCGCCCUGCAGCACAAAUUCGAGUCCAGGGCAGCAAAGUAGGCCAAGCAUAGUGCAAGUGGCUAUUUUCUGUGAUACUAGUUAGCUGAGACAAUUAAUCAAUUGAUUCUGUUCAGGACCUAUUUUCAUGUUCUACGCGCUGGACAUGCUUUUAAAUGUUUCAAGGUAGCAGCGGAAAGUUGUAUUUGUUACCCAAAUCUUUCUGUUUGGUUAGAAAUUCACCCUUCUAGCUCUUUGAAGUGGCUGCUUUAGGACUUAAGAAAUCGAUUAGGCGUAGCUUUCGAUUGGCAGUUAGAUUUUGUACUGAAAAAUAUUAGGCAAUUACUCAAGGAGAUUUUUGUUUUAGAUGGACUUGUAAUUCAAAUAGGUGCACGCUCAAAAAUUCUUGAUCGUUAAAAUGUAUCUCAAUUUUGCCUGUCGGGACUAAAAUUAUGGUGCUCGGGCUGAAAUGCUGAAACUUUCCAUGACGUUAGAAAAUGUGUUAUUCGAACAAAGAUAAUUACGAGAAUUGCAUUUUUGAGACUGCUUUUGCUUUAGAAAUUUAUUGAAUUUGUAACAAGCUGCGUCUUUCCCUCUUCAGGUACUUUUCUUCCACCCUCGACCACGCUCUUAAGGGCACCCCUAUACCUAAUAAAGCGGCUGCCUUAUCCACCAUGUAUAUCUUGAAAAAUGCACCUUCGUCUCUCACUCAGGUCAAUGAAAAGCGUAGGAACAAAUUCCUGAUGUCAUCGUUGGUGGGACUCGCGUGCUGAAUGGUAAUUUGGAAAUAUAUCCAACAGAUUUCUGACGGCAAUUAAAAGAUAAUUGUAGUUUUCCUACAAAUAAGAAAAGGGAAUAGAAUAAAAACUGAAAGUGUAAAGCUGGAGAUUUUGAGUCACCCUAUUAAGUGUAGUGUAAAUGCAAUUUUUGUAAAUGUAAAAAAAAAAAAAUAUUCGUAAUUAUUGUCACCAAAGAUACAUGAUAAUAAAUUAUAUAAUUAUGCUUUAUUUACAAUCGGCUUGUAAAAAUAUGAAUUUUCAAUGCGUUCUCAGUCACUAAUUUAGUGAAUCGGUAAUGCGAACAAUUAUAUAAGUUUUUAUUUUUGAGUUAUUUAAAAAUACAAUAGCUGGAACAAGUUUGUGCUAUUUUAUAAAUAAUUAAUGAAAGGCUAGGAGUGCGUGUGUAGCAAGCGUAGAGCGAAUUAUGUACCAGACGAGAUUAACUGUUGGCAUCUCAUCAACUUAAAUGUGCUGUAGAAAUUAAGAAACUAUCACCGAUAUUAAAAACAAGAAUUAUAUCAUCAGUAACUAUGUAACCAACUGAACAGAGGCGACGUUCCUAAUUUGUAAAAUUGGCUUUUCGUAAAU